AUGUAUCUUUUAAUAUCCCUUAUAUUAUUAUCUUUUUUAAAUGUUUCCUUUUCGCAAAAAGUUGGUAAAUUCAGUCCUGAGGUCCAUCCACCUAUAACUUGGCAAGAGUGUGCUGACGAUGGAUCAUGCAAAACUAUGAACGGUGAAAUUGUCAUUGAUGCUAACUGGAGAUGGGUUCAUUCUGAACAAGGUACAAAUUGCUAUACAGGUAACACUUGGAAUCCAACAUUAUGUCCAGAUGAUAAAACCUGUGCUGAAAACUGCUAUCUUGAUGGUGCCAACUAUGAAAGUGUCUAUGGUAUUACUACUGAGGAUGACUCGGUGCGUCUUAACUUUAUCACCCAAAGUCAAGGUAAAAACAUUGGAUCUCGUACAUUCCUUAUGGCAAAUUCCACAAACUACCAAAUGUUUUAUGUUUUAGGUCAAGAGUUUAGCUUUGAUGUUGAUGUUUCAAACUUGGACUGUGGUCUUAAUGGUGCUCUUUACCUUGUAUCAAUGGAUAGUGAUGGUGGUAUUGCUCGUUUCCCAUCUAAUGAAGCAGGUGCCCAAUAUGGUACUGGUUAUUGUGAUGCUCAAUGUCCAAGAGACCUUAAAUUUAUUAGUGGUUCUGCUAAUGUUGAAGGUUGGAUUCCAUCAAGUAACAAUCCAAACACUGGUUACGGUAACCACGGUUCUUGUUGUGCUGAAAUGGAUCUCUGGGAAGCCAACAAUAUGGCCACCGCUUUAACUCCACAUCCAUGUGAUACCUCUAGUCAAACCGUUUGUGAAUCUGAUAGUUGUGGUGGUGCUACUUCAUCCAAUAGAUAUGGUGGAUUAUGCGAUCCAGAUGGUUGCGAUUAUAAUCCAUAUCGUAUGGGUAAUACUACUUUCUUUGGUCCAGGUCAAACUGUUGAUACUAAAUCUGUUAUGACUGUUGUUACCCAAUUCAUCACCAAUGAUGGUACUACCACUGGUACUUUGAAAUCAAUUAAAAGACUUUACGUCCAAAACGGUCAAGUUAUUUCCCAAUCCGAAUCCACCGUUCCAGGUGUUGCCGGUAAUGAAAUUACUGAAGAUUUCUGUCACAAUCAAAAACAAGUAUUUGGUGACAAAGAUUCCUUCACUAAACAUGGUGGUCUUGCUGCAAUGGGUGAUGCUUUGAAGAAUGGUAUGGUUCUUGUUCUUAGUCUUUGGGAUGAUUAUUUAGCUGAUAUGUUAUGGCUCGAUAGUAACUACCCAACUACUUCACCAGUCACCGAACCAGGUGUUGCUCGUGGUCCAUGCUCAACCUCAUCUGGUACUCCAACUGAUGUUGAAUCUAAAUAUCCAAAUGCAUACGUUGUUUAUUCAAACAUUAAAGUUGGUCCAAUUAAUUCAACUUUUAAAAAUAACUAA